CCCGACAAGGCAAGCACUAGGAACACAAUGAGCCCCUGAGGAGUGUGCAUGCGCUCGCUGAGGAAACGGCUGCUGGCUUCCUCCACACAGCCCAGCCCUGCGCCCUGGAGCUCUCAUGCAGCGUUGAGACGAUGGGCAUGUCUGCCGAGGAUGAGCACACCAUGAGCCCCAAAGAUGAGGAAUGGCCAGAAGCAGAGAAGGCUGAGAAGCUAGCGAGAGGAGCUGCUCUGAAAUGGGCUUCAGGGGUCUUUUACCGCCCCGAGAAAUUGGAGGCACUUGGACAGUACCGGAGCCGAGAAACACAGAGGAACAACUCCAUUCAGUCCCGGCUAAAGUCAACUGUCCAGUCCUACCUGGAGGGAGCGAGUGCAGGGCUGGAGCAGCUGCGGUCAGCGGCCAAGGAGGUGCAGAACGUGUGCCAGGACCUGGGAGCUGCACGGUGGGCUCUACUUGACAGUGCUGACCACUUCCAGAUCUUACAGCAGAUGCGGGCACUGAUGGCAGAGCAUGUGCAACUGGCCUCAGUGGUCAAGGUGUUGCCCCAGCUAUUCUCGGUCCAUGAAGUUUUUUCCCAUACUCUACAGCUGCUCCAUGAGCAGCACCUCCUGGAGGCCCAUGCUGAGCUCAUGAUGUUGGAGCACCUCCGGGAUGACAUCCUCUUCCAGCUGCACCUCCGUGGCCUCUCUAGUGCCCAGGGCACUGUGCUGUCCUACUUCAGUGGCCUGCAGGAGCUCAAUGAGAGCCUGGCCAAGCAGCUGUGGGGCAUCGUGGGUCGCAGCCUUCAGCUGGUGCAGGAGGACCCAGUCCUCUUUGUCUCUGCUGUAAGGAUCAUCGAGCGAGAGGAGAAAAUAGAUGACACUCUGCUCCUGGAUGCCACGUUCCUGCCUCCUGGCCGCCCUAAGGGAUGGAGGCAGAAGUUUUACUGUAUCCUUCAGGAGACCAUCACAGGAUCCCACUUCCGCACUGCCUGUGUGGACACCACAGGCCCAGGGCUAUCCAGACACCUGGCAGCACUGCAGAGGGAUGUCGUGACUGAGCUGCAUGUGGUGAAGGACCUGAUGGUGCAGUGUGUUCCAGCUCACUACAACAUCCUCAGCAUCUGCACUGCCAUGUACCACCAGGCCCUCACCAGCCAUCUCCAGGACAUUCUCCAAGAGGAUCUGGACAAACAGGCACUUUUUCUCCUCCUUGAGUGGGUGCUUCAUGUAUAUCACAGCCCUGUCCCACUUCUGUCAUCCAGCCCAGAGAUGAUGAGUCACCCUGGCCUACUCCCAGAAGUGGAUGUUUCAGCUCUGGGUCCCUUGAUCUCUCCUGAACUUGUGGAUCAGACAGAGAGGAAAUAUGUGGUGAAAGUGAAGGCCAGCGUGCUUGAGUGGAUGCAGAGAACCCUGGAGGUGGAGUUCAAGGAGUGGUUCAGGGAGGAAGAACCUGAGACGGAUCACCAGGGCUUCUUCCAGUCAGCCCUGCCUGUCAUUGUUGUGCAGAUGCUGAAUGAGAAUAUCCGGGUGGCCUCCCUGAUCACAGGCUCUCUGCAGCAAAAGGUCUACAGCAUGGCUAUGGAGGAGCUUGAGGCAUUUCUGGGCCGUCUACGAGAAGCUCUAGUGCAAUGUGGGAAGGAGCACCAGAAGGACCGUACCAUACCCAAGUACUACAUCCCCUAUCUGCUUGCCGUGCUCAACAACAACCUUGCUCUCAGCUCCUCUGUCCCCUCUUUGCACCCCAAUACUGCCCUGAGUGAAGUCCCUGUGUCCCUCCGGGCUGCUCUAGACAGGACGCAGAGGAAAGCCUGCCAGCUGCUGCUGGAGGAGCUUCUCCUGGACUUGCAGCCCCUGUGCAUGCAGUUGCCUUCUCGCAAGUGGCUCUUUGGGUCCCAGUUGGUCAGCAGCAUAUGCGAAGUGAUAGACAAGUAUGCAAAGGACUUCUCCCACGUCAGGAAACCCAUCUUCAUGCUCCUGCUGAUGGAGAGUGAGCGCCUGGUGACAAGCCAAUACCUGCGGGCACUCAUGCAAAAGAAGAUGGUGUGCAAAAGUGAGGAAGAGCGGAGCCAGCUCUGCAACCGCUUGCUGCAAGAUGCCACACAGCUGCAGGAGCUCUUCCAUGGCCUGGGCCUGGACAGGAGCCAGCAGAGCCUCGAGGCUGUGUUAGCCCUGCGUGAGCUGAUCUGUCUCAAGGACCCAGCACUGCUCAGCCUGGAGGUGCUAGGCUUCAUCACUAAGUACCCUGAUGUCAGGCCUGCAAAGGAUGGUGUCAUGGGCUGGCUGCACCUGGGCUCACCUCCUGCUCUACCCAGCGAUGAGCAUGUCUCCACCUUGCUGGAUCUCCGGGGUGAUGUCUCCAAGGAGGUGCGACACAUGGUGUUGGAAAUGAUGGCGCAGCACCCCCAGGCCCUGCCUGAGAGCUACCAGCCCAUCUUCAGCAUAAUCCUGAUCCCUGCACCAGAGCUGCCCUUCUGUCUUCGCAAGGGCAAGUGUGCUUGAUGUGGGGGCACCCCAGCCUGCUCCCCUGCCUCUCUGGAUAUAUGGACAAAGCAGGACAUCUAUGAAGCUGUGUGGAGGGCACAAUGGAGAUGACGUGUGGCACCCUCCCAUGCAUACCACUCAGGCCUGGGUUGACAACAACUUGAACAUAUGCCCUGCUCAGGUAGUCUUGCCUCACUGAGCCUACUUUCACCACAACCUUCCCUCCCCCCCCCCCCAAAACCCUCCACCAAGCACCAGCACUAGUAAACCCAGAGCAGGAGAAGAUCAACCUAUAGGUCUUUCGCUGGCCUGCUGAGGCAGUAAUUUGGGUCUGGUCAGGGCUAGCCUAUCGUUGCAGGAGAAAGGUAAGCAGCAGAGGAAAGCAACAGAGACCGCAGGUAGGGUGAACAGUGACAAUGAGGCUGCAGAGAUUUUGGGUUUCCCUGAGCAUCCAGCCAGCCAUCUGUGGCAGAGAGUGUCCUGGCCUUUGACUCUGUUAUUCUGGCUCAAGGAUGAGCUGGAGCCCUGCUAGACCCAGGCUUGCAGGAGCGUUUUAGCCAUGUAAGGGCUGCUUCUGUUCUGUAUCACUUGGCUCAGCCUAGAGAUUGGGGCUACCUUCCCUGUUGCCCUGGCCUGGGCCUGCCAUGGAAUGGUGGUGGUUGGGGAAGGGAAGGGGGGGGUGCGUUAGCCAGUGUGGCUCACAGCCCCAGAGUGGAGGGGGUACAGUGGUGUCCCACCACCCUGGGUAGUGUAGCCAACCCCAUCCCUGUCAGUGCAAAGGGACAGCACUGUUUGAGUUCCUGGCCCCCUGUUCAACUCCUGGCCCCUGGCCUCUCUGGUAUUCAAGAGGGCACUGGAGUCCAAUAUCUCCAGGCUCUUUGAGAUCAUUAACCAAGUUGCAUUUAGUUUGUCCAGUAACCUCCUAUCCCAGUGUCCUCGACAAAGGGCAGCACCACCCCAGGCUCUGGCUCUCCACUGUCCUUUACAUGCCUUGGUCAUCUUCUCCCCAGCUGCCAUGCAUAGGUCAGAGGCAAAGUGUCUGUGUGUUCUGCUCCCUUGGAAUGGGCUGUACAGCCCUACUCUGCCAUUUGUCCUGUAAAAUAAAGGGCUGAACUCUCCAAUCA